GGCUCCUUCAUUCACACAAAGUUUGGCUCCUGCGCUGCUGAGGGAGGGGACCGUCCGGCUCGGCCCAGCUCUGACCCCCGCCUGCCAGACCCCGGCCCCAUCCCCAGGACAAGCCCUUAUCUGAUCCCGACUCCGGGCUCGAGAGUCUUGACUUUGCCCGUCGCGCGGCUCUGCUCCUCACUCCUGCCCGCCCCGUCCGUCCUCUGUCCCGCUGGCCUUUCCGAGGGGCCACUCCACCUCGGGACCCAAGAUGACGUCAGUUGCCAAGGUAUAUUACAGUCAGACCACUCAGACAGAAAGCCGGCCCAUCAUGGGCCCGGGAAUACGGCGGCGGAGAGUCCUGACAAAAGACGGCCGCAGCAACGUGAGAAUGGAGCAUAUUGCCGACAAGCGCUUCCUCUACCUCAAGGACCUAUGGACAACCUUCAUUGACAUGCAAUGGCGCUACAAGCUUCUGUUCUUCUCUGCAACCUUUGCAGGCACCUGGUUCCUCUUUGGUGUGGUGUGGUACCUGGUGGCUGUGGCCCACGGGGACCUGUUGGAGCUGGGUCCCCCUGCCAACCACACCCCUUGUGUGGUACAGGUGCACACACUCACUGGAGCCUUCCUCUUCUCCCUCGAAUCCCAGACCACCAUCGGCUAUGGCUUCCGCUACAUCAGUGAGGAGUGCCCUCUGGCCAUCGUGCUUCUCAUUGCCCAACUGGUGCUCACCACCAUUCUGGAGAUCUUCAUCACCGGGACCUUCCUGGCAAAGAUUGCCCGGCCCAAGAAGCGAGCCGAGACCAUCCGUUUCAGCCAGCACGCUGUUGUAGCCUCCCACAAUGGGAAGCCCUGCCUCAUGAUCCGAGUUGCCAAUAUGCGUAAGAGCCUCCUCAUUGGCUGCCAGGUGACGGGCAAACUGCUUCAGACCCACCAGACUAAGGAGGGUGAGAACAUUCGUCUCAACCAGGUCAAUGUGACUUUCCAGGUAGACACGGCCUCCGACAGCCCCUUCCUCAUUCUGCCCCUGACUUUCUACCACGUGGUGGAUGAGACCAGUCCCUUGAAAGACCUCCCUCUCCGCAGCGGUGAGGGUGACUUUGAGCUGGUGCUGAUUCUAAGUGGGACAGUGGAGUCCACCAGUGCUACCUGCCAGGUGCGCACUUCCUACCUGCCGGAGGAAAUCCUUUGGGGCUAUGAGUUCACACCUGCCAUCUCCCUGUCAGCCAGUGGCAAAUACAUAGCUGACUUCAGUCUUUUUGACCAAGUUGUGAAAGUGGCCCCCCCUAGUGGCCUUCAUGAUAGCACUGUUCGCUAUGGAGACCCAGAAAAGCUCAAGUUGGAGGAGUCAUUAAGGGAGCAAGCUGAGAAGGAGGGCAGUGCCCUGAGUGUGCGCAUCAGCAACGUUUGAUGGCUUCUCCCCUCCUCCCGAGCCCUCUGUUCUCUUCCUCUUUCGAUGCCCUGGGCAAGGGACACUACCUGGGUUUGCGCAGAACCCCAGAAGUACCCACCUCCACUCCUUCUUUACCCCAGGGGCCUGUCAGUAGAAUAGGCCAACUGGGGUCCGAGUUUUCCUCCUACCGUCCCUUUUCACCUUUCCCUGCUUUUACCCUAAGGCACACAAUUCCCUUAAGCCAGGAUGGGGGGAAGGAGAGAGAAGAUUAGGCUGAAGUGGCCUAGAAGGCCUCAGCCAUGCUUGGAGACUCACGUUAAGAGGACCAUGUGGUUGGAUGGCUAGACUCCCCCCACCAGAAAGUUCGGUGACUUGAGGCUAGAGGCCCUCCUCUGUUUCCAUCUAGCAAGUUCCCUAAGGCAAGACUCUCUUUGAUGGUUGCUUUGUGGUUUGUACCUUCAGAAAUAUAAGCACCUAAAAUCAUUUUAUUCUGGGGUCACUACCAACCCCUGUCAAAGGAAGAGUUUGUCAUAGUCUAUUUAAGUCUCACUGGUAACUCCUGAGCAUAAUCCAGGCCUUUGGUCACCACCACUUUUUCCUUACUAGUUUCCAGAUGGAGCCCCUAAGAUACAUAGCUCUUCCAUAGCUUCUGUUCUCAAGACAAUUGGGGUGGAGCCGAGAAACACACAUACACUCACAAUAACCCCAUCAACCUCAACCCGGAUUCUGAACGCUUCAAUUUUUGAGCUGUUGUGCAAAGCUAUCCUCCAGGCAGCCCUGGGAAGAUUUGUUUCCCUGUGUACUGUGAAUGAGAGAACCCCUAGCCACUAUGUUCCCAUGGAAAAGUUUAGAGUCUAGGGCCCAAGAAAAGGACUGAGAAUGAUAUUCCAGAUCACACUGUAGGUGGCUCUUCUUCCUUACCACCCUGUGCAGAUCCCUCUUUUAGAGAAGGGGAGGGAAAAUAGAAGGGUUUCCCUCUCUUAACAUUGAUGGGUAACUAAAACUAGAGCUACAGGGCACAGACUCCCCCGAAAGGUCAAGAGGGAUGGGCACAUUCUCAGAUUUCCAGGCUGACGUACAGAAUUUGUGAUCCUUUGUUAAGGUCUGGGCUGGCAGCCACUAUUUUGUUACAUCUCCUGCUUCCCUUCUGCAAAGUGCCAGUUGUGUCAUUAGACAAUGUUGGGAGGGGAGAAAACUGCAUCUCCGGGUCAAAUAACCAUGGUCACCCUCAGCCAUUCCUGAGACUUUAUAUACAAUGAUGAAAAUCAGUGUUAUCUUUGCUCUCCUCUGCCAUGAAAUAGUUUCAGGCAAGUACAAAAGAUACUUCAAGAGGAGCCAGGGAUGUAGCUCAGGGGCACAGCCCCUGUCUGACAAGUACGAGGUCCAGAGUUUGAUCCCUGAUCAAAAGAUACUUUCAAAGAUAAGGCUAAGGUCACUCGUUGUUUCCAGUGGGGACUGUGACAGCAGUCAAGGAAGGGCAUAUGGGCAGCAGAAUUUUCUCUAAAGUCCCAAAUCCCAUGAGUACUCUCUAGUCUCACUUAGGUACA